AUGAGCACUCUGACGCGGUUCAGCCAUCCACACUACCUCCUGCGCCUCCUCGGCUGCUUGCCCGCCCUGCUCUACUGGCUCCUGCACUCCGUGCCCUCCUCGGGCCAGCACACCAGCUCCCUGGCCGACGCCCAACUCGCCCUCACCAUCCCGCUCAUCGCCCUCCCGGUCUUCGUCCUCCUCCGCCUCCGCCAGCUCCGCAACUCCUUCCAUCUCCUUGAACUCAGCCUUGAAACUCUCCUCGACACGUGGCUCGUCAAUUUCGUCGCUUUCAAUUUGGGAUCGUUGGCCUAUCUCGGAGGAUGGGUCCCUGCGAUGACCUACUUGGCCUGCUUGAUAUCGUUCGGCAUAAUAUGCCCCAAACCCGCCUAUCUAGGUCCGUCUAAAUUGAGGAUAAUGGAUCCCGAGACCUUCGCCGCCGAAGUCUUGAACAAGACAUAUUCGUCUGUUGUCGGUUUCUCGGCAAGCGAGCUGCUAACUCUGACGCCGGAGAAGCUGCAAGCGAAGGCAAGAGAUGCGCCGAAAGCGGCCCCGAACGGGCACUUUUCGACGAAGAGAUGGGUGGUCUGGCCGGUUUCCGAGGCGCGGAAACGGGCGCAAGUCGGGCUCAUGGACAUGGAGAUCAUGCUGGCCGAUCUGUCACUCGAGUUUGGGGACUCGCAGACGAUAGAGUUCGUGGUCCUGGAGAUGAGGAACUCGAAUGCGCUGUGUGGGACGCUGAAGAUCUGGGCAGAUGAUGACUCGGCCGCGUCGCCCGUCCAGCCGGACGUGGACGACUUGGUCUUGCUGCUAUACCAAGCGGGACGAGAGAUCAAUCGGCUGCCAGCCCGCCAGCUGUGUAACGAUAGCAGCAGCUCAGACGAAGAAGAAGAGGUUGUGCUCCCUGACGCUCAUAGCGGCUCGCCGGUCGUCUGGUCUCACCGAGCUAUCCUCAAAGCCUUCAACUUGAAGUCAGAUUAG